UGCAGUGAUGACACCUUACUAUACAUUCUUAAUAUGAUGUGCCUGGGAUUGUGCAUGCUGUGGUGACACCAAGGGGCUUUGACAUCAUGGAGUGUGAUAAGGAACUAUCUAGCUCAGUUCCUAUUUUGGCUCCCAUCACCAUAGUUUCUGAGCACCUCUUGAGAAGACUCCAGUGAUAUUGUGCUCUUCCUUCCCCGCUGACAAGAGACGGGGUUAAGUUUUUUUUCUAAAUGGAUGUGAUGACAGUGUCAUGCACUGAGGGAGAUGACAGUCUGUCUGCUGUAACCUAUGAAUCUGACACAGAGAUGAAACGGAAGAAGAAAACUUCUCAUAAACCUCCAAAGUCACCAAAAUCUCCAUAUAUCUCCAGCACAUACCUGCAUCCUAAAAAGGCUGCAGUUUGGAGGUCCUUGAAGGGAACAGGGAUCAUACACCAUGAGAACCCAAUGGCUAGAACACCAAGGCAGAUGUGGCUAGGAUCUCUGAAGCAAGCAGGUAUGAGCCAGGCCCUGAAAUCAGACUUUGAUGUGGCACAUGCACGGACUAACCUUUCCAGCAGCACUCCAGAAUAUCUAAAGGAAGCUCUAGGCAUGAAAAAGCCAAAGCAUGCUCGUUCUUCUAGCAAUGGCUACAUCCCUGGAACACCUGACUACAAAGAAAAGGAAGAUAUGUAUGAUGAGAUUAUUGAACUGAAGAAGACAAUACAGGUUCAGAAAAGUGAGGGGGAUCGGAUGAAAACAAAGAUCCGACGACUGGAGGAGGAGAACAACAGGAAGGAUCGACAAAUUGAGCAGCUGUUGGAUCCUUCCAGGGGCUCUGAUUUUGCCCAGACUUUGGCAGAGAAGAACGAUACUAGAUGGGUAAUCAAUGGGCUGAAGCAGAAGAUUCUCAAGCUGGAACAGCAAUGCAAAGAGAAAGACAACACUAUCAAUAAAUUCCAGACAGAUGUGAAGACCACUAAUUUGGAAGAGAUGAGGAUUGCUAUGGAGACCUACUAUGAGGAGGUACAUCUGAUUCGUCGUCUCCAAACCCUGCUGGCAAAAUCUGAGGCUGUGGGGAAAAAAUCCCUUCCAGAGAGCAGAGAAUCCCAGAAACGGCUGAAGGUGCUGAAUGCUGCUGUUCUGCGAUUAUCCAAAAACAUCAAAGAGCUGCAGGAUGAAAAUAAGAGCCUGAAAGCAGAUCUAGACCGAGUGCUGAGCAGUUCCCCAGCUUCCACCAAAACAAAAAAUUACAAUGAGUGGAGCAGACAGAGGCUGGUGAGGCGGAUUUCAGAACUGGAAAAAGAAGUGCAUGAGAUGGAGAACAACAGAUUGCAGUCAUCAGCUAAUGGCACAUCACCAUUGCUUGCUCUGCCACCUUCAGCUUCUGUACAGCUGGAUCAGCCAGACACUCAAGAACCUGAUCCCCUUGAAGAAUGUGAGCGUCUCCAAGGGCUAGUGAAAAAACUGAAAGGUGAUAGGAGUGCACUUCAAAAUCAACUGGCCAGCAAAUAUGAAGUAAAGGAGUCGACGGGAGAGCGAUCGACAGUCGAUUUAGCAGGUUUCACUAGACCCGCUAAAACGACCGCUGAUGCAUCGAUCGCCACAACGUUGAUCCUCCGUUCAGAGGUGAAGCAAUUACAGCAAGCAAAGACUGAAUUGGAGAGGGAACUGCAAAAGCUGCAGGAGAUGGAGAAAGAAAAGAGUGAAAAAGAGGAGACUUUGAGGGAGGAAAUCCAGAGCCUUACACACAAAGUGAGAGAACUGGAGGCGGAACUACAUGAAGACAAGAGACAAACUGCAGAUGAUACCAUGGAAACGCCAAACAAGCCUUCAUUUGCCUGCUUUCAUCAGGGCAAAGAAGACAACAGGAAGGAACAAGCAGCCAAACUCAUCCAGAGCCAGUGGAAGGCAUACAGAAACAAGAAAGAAGAAAUUGCUCUGGAUCAGGCGGCUGUUGUGAUUCAGGCAGCUUUCAGGGGACAUUUAGCUCGGCAGAAAUUGUUAUUGAAUAACACACUCAGGCGAAAAUCUCCCGCCAUGCAUAGCCUUGGAAAUAAGGGCCCCAACAUGUCUCACGGGUCCAGCCCUUUGAGCUUGUCUUCUGACUUCAAGGAGGAUGAGGAGGUUGUGACAUUCAUCCAAUCAGUUUUCAGGGCUCACUUAGCACGUAAAGGAGAGCAUGAGGAAAGGUCCUCUGUCUCCAGAGCUUCAAGUGAAAGAACAUUCCCUGCUGUUUCCAAUAGGAAGAAGAAACAAAUCUCAUCAGCACUCAGGAAACCUUUAUCUUCAGCCUUCACAUCAACCUCUCCCGAUGAUGAAGACAGUGAAGUGACCAGUGAAGAAGUUGUGGAGGAACUUACUGCUGAAGGGGGAGAGAGGAGAUCAAGGGAUCACAAACUUUCCUCCUUGCAGCCCUCUUCUGUCUUGUCCUCCCAGGACCAGUUGCAGCCCAUAUUCUCUCCGCCUUUGGAUGAGGCUCACUCAGACGAUUCGGAUGAUAAUGUAGUCUCUCCAUCCCUGCUGGUGAAGAAAAAUUACUCCCACUUCUAAGUUCGGGGGGGUUCUUCUCAUUCCCUUCUGCAGGCCUGGCUCACAAACAAAAGAAAAUGUUUUCUUCUUUCUGGCAAGAUAAAGCAAGUAGAGGGUUAAAAGGGGCAAUGUCACCUUAAAGCCAUUGUUAUUUCAGCCAUGAAAAAUCAUUCAGUUUUAUAUAACCUCUCUACUGACUGUAUCUCUCUAACCUCAUUACUGUAUUUCUUUCCUGUUCUUAUUGAGAAUGGGGGAAUUACACUGUUCAAUAGUUGUGCAUCAGCAGGAUCCUUACAGUGCUUUGAUGUGCAUAACGCUUCACAGUUAGGAAAGAAGAGAAGGUCCUUGCCCUAGAGAGUUUACAAUCUAGAGGCCCAAUCCUGCAACUGUUGUCCAGUUUUUACUCAUGUGAAUAGUCCCAUUGACUUUAAUGUAGAGUAGAUGUGGCUACAAGAGAUGAAGAUAGAGAUAGGAAGGAACUGCAUGCAUUGGGCAAGAGGAUGCAUGCACAGUGUUCUCGAAUGCAUGUUUGUGAUCAUCAGCUUGUCUGUGCUGAGCGAAACCAAUGUCAUAAGAUCCUCUCUAUUUAUUUAAUAGAUACUUAAUUUUAUUUUUUUGUGCUAAAUAUAUCCAUUAUGUGCAGAACUUAGUUUAAGGCUUUUAGAAAGCUAUCUCUGUCAUAAGUGUAUUAUACCAUAAGUGUGUCUGCAGUUGAACUUAAAUUAUUGCAUUUACCAAUUAUGUAUUUUAUAGUACGUAUUGUGUACUGCAUUGUCUGUGAAAUAUGUAACCAUGUAACCCAUUACAUUUACUAUAAUAGUAUCCAUGGAGAGAAUGCAUAAUGGUGGGGAGUGUUGUGUGAGGGAUCCUUCGAUAUGUAAGUGGAGCAAAGCAGAACCACAAGUGGAUUAUGCAAGGUUAUCUUUAAUGUGUGAAAAUAUUUCACAGAGGAAAUACACUGUUAUGUGUUCUGUUUUAGCUUACUGUACUUUUCAAUGUCUGAAAUGUCAUCUAUACAGAUGGCUCAAUCUGCUGAACACUACUGUAUUAUAAAAUCUGAAAUUAUUUUUCACCUGUAUGUCAUCUUCUAUCUGAGGUUCAUAACAUGAUUUAUAAACAUUAAUGAAUUUUUCACCCCUGUGAAGGAGGUAAAGAUUAUUAUCAAGAAACUGUGGCACAGAGUGGUUAAGUGACCUACCCAAGGCCACACCGACUUUCUGUUGCGCUCUUGAUUCUCAGUCCUCUAUCUAACCUUGUCCCAUGUUUCCUCCAUAGUGGCAGAGAAGUCGAGCUGUCAAUAAAUCACAGGACUGCUUACACACACAUGCAAUUUGUGGGGCGUGAAAAGGAAUAUUGCAUUCUAAUGCUGACUGUAACUAAAGAAAAUAUACUUUUUAAAUGCGCCUUCAUUCAGUGUUGAUUGAGCAGGAGUACAAAUAGAUGUCGCAUACAUCAGAAAGCAGUCGCAUGUUUGUAAAUAUUCUGUAAAUAUGUUCGGUAACUCAAUAGGAUUCUUAGGGAGUCCACCCAUUCUCCUGAGUAGAGGGCUAACACUGCAUUUAGUUGCUGCUUGCUAAGGAUGUCAUCCAGGCGUUCUUGAGUCCCUUGUACACCCAAACCACACGUCUAGAUAUAAGAUUUUUAUCACAUUCUCUCCCUCCUUCUCUUUUUUAAAUUAAAAGUCAGUCAGCAUUGUUAUGCUGAAUACUAAUAAGUCAGUUCUUCAUUGCAAUCAGGAGACUGAGACUGUGCUUUAUCUGAGGUUUAUCAUAGUCCAUGCCAGUACUUUCAGCCAAAGAGGAAACUGGAUGGCUGCAGCACAGUGCAGCUGAUUUCAUUUAAUUCCAUCAGUGGAAAUGCUGUCUGCACUAUUUCCAGCA